AUGGUGUCAACACUACAGCAGUCGAUUAACUUUGUUGCUAGAACCCACAUUUCUGAUUUGAAAAAUGCGUUCUACAAUCUUUUGACAUUCGGGAUGUUUUAUGUUGUUUGCAGGCUGUCUAAAAGGAUGGAAAUCAUUCUAAAAACAUCUCCCGCUAUUCUUUCCGAAGCUAAUUGCGUUUUGCUAGAGGAUCAAUAUGGCCAAUAUCAAAUCGUAAUGGUUAAGAGAAUACCAACCAGAAACACACUUGUUCUCUCCAGAUAUAUCAAAGAUCACUGCUGUACCAUCCUGGACACCUGCUAUGGAAGAUUCAUCUACGAUUACAAAUUGGACAAGUUUGUUAUUCCAUCCUAUAUCUUCAAUGUAAAGAAAUCAUUUGAUGAUGUUUAUCAAAGUUAUAUUAUGAAAAGCAAAGAAGAAGAAAGAACAGAAAACUAUGAGAAAACAAUAAUAUUUGGAAAAAAUGAACUAGGCAUGCAAAUUCCAGAGCUAUCAGAGAUAUUCUUAAACCAGCUUUUUGAUCCCUUAGUUCUCUGGGAAAUCAUCUCGCUAAUCAUUUGGAUUAGUAUUAAUUAUAUAAUAUAUGCUUCAGUUGCAAGUAUAAUCUUUACGGCAAUGUUUGUGAUUGAAAUUAAUAGAGAAAUUAAAAAUAGAAACGCACUGCUCAGGAGCUUAAGGGUAUCAAAUGUUAGGGCGCUGAGAGAGGGCGCUUUCAGAUCUGUUCCAGAGUGCGACAUUCUGCCUGGAGACAUCGUUUACAUUGACACAACCGACAACUUCACCUGUGAUGUAGAGAUAUUGAAGGGAGAUGUAAUAACCGAUGAGAGUUUCUUGACGGGGGAGGCGGUGCCCAUUUGCAAAGGGAUUGGAUCGAUUGUGUACUCUGGAACUAAAGUCAUAAAGUCCACGUCUUCUUCUGUCUCGUUGAAUAACACAAAGCUUGAGAAGUUGGUAAGAGUUAAGAAUCUUACGCGCUCUAAGGCCUCAUCAUUUGUUGCUCCAGUAUCAAGUUUUGACCAGACCGAUAAUUCUGCUAUUGGUAUUGUUUUAAAAACAGGCAAGAAAAACUAA